AGUAUGUAUGCAGGGGUGGACUGACCAUUUGGAAACUCGGGCACUGCCCGAGGGCCCGGGGUCAGUAGGGGGCCCCAUGAGAUGCCCCUGGUACCUUUUUCAUAGGCUUUUUUGAGUUUGGGCAAGGAUACAGGGGCCCCAUGAUCCCCUAUUGCCCAGGGUCCCCAUGAGUUGUCAGUCCGCCCCUGUAUGUAUGUAUAUAUACAUCAUGGAGGUUGAUUUUUCUAAAGUAUAGGUUGUUCACUUGGUAAAGUAAUCUUGUCUUAUGA